ACUGCCCGGAUGUGACCUGCCAUACUGAUGAGCCAGUCAUUGUCAGAAGAAGAAUUUGCUCGCCUUCAGGCUCAAUUGAUUGAACUGAAGACAGCCAACUACAACUACGAUGAGCAAGCGAGAAGGGCCAGAGCAGAGGUAUCACAGCUACGUGAUCGAGUUUCCCAGUUGGAUCGGGAUCUACAGAGAGCCAAUAAGGUUAUUAUGAAGAGCAAGAAAGCUAAGGAUGUUAGUGGACUUACAGAUGAAAAUGAAAGUCUUCAGAGAAAGAUCCAUAGUAUGGAGGAAGAGUAUCAACUACAGAAUAGAACUCUGAUGGGAGAACUCUCAAAGGUUUGUGAUGAUAAUGAGGCACUGAAACAACGAUUAGCAGCUGCUGGACUUGACAGUGACUGUUCACGUGAUGUAGACACUAGAAAUGAUCAAACUAACGACACUGCAUCAGUUGGAGAAUUGGAGAACCAAGUUCGACAGCUACAAGCAGAAAAUUUAGUUUUUCAGAAAUCACUUGAAGCAAGUCGAUUAAGACAUGAGGAAGAAGUAGCAGACAUGAAACGUGUUGUUGAGUCGCUAAGAAGUACUAGACUUGGUGCAGCUGGUGGAAGAUCACCUGCUGUUUUAAAACGAGAAACUAUUGGAUCUGUUGAAUGUCAUCAAGGUGAAAGCAGCGAUGGUGAAGUAGAUGCAUCUGGGUUGUCAAGAGAGAUUGAUAGUUUCUUGACCCUGUUGGCUGAGAAGGAAAGUAACUGGCAAGGCGAGAGUGGUGAAAAUGAUGGCAGUGAUAGAGAAGUACUGCUGUCUGCACUUUCUUCAAUAAGAAACAGAGCUAAGGAAUUGCGAGAGAAGCUUGUAUCAUCAGUGACACUGUCUGAAUUAGGAUCUGAUGAAACAGACUUGACUAUAUCUGCAACUCAAGAAGAGAUUCAAGAGCUGUCUGAAGCAAACUUUAGCCUUCGCCAGGAACUAAGGGAUAAGGAAGGUUUGCAAAUGAGCUUGGAUUCUUUGAAGGAAGAAAAGCGUCUGCUUCAAGACAAGCUACAGUCAGAGCAAGAAGCUCACCGCAGAGCGUCGCAAGAGCUUGAGGCAGAGAUAGAAAAGCUCAAUGAGAAACUAAAGAAAAAGCAGGAAAUUGUACUGCAGUUACAGGAUGAAAAGGAAAAGUUGUAUAGUGACAGCCAGUCAUCCAUUGCUGACACAGUAGCAGCCAAAGAUCAAGAACUGACAGUUCUAAUGCAGCAAUCUGCUAAGGUACAGCAAGAAUUGGACAGUACCAACGUUAAAUAUUAUGAGUUUCAGCUGCAAACAGACUCAACAGUGAAACAACUGCAAGAUGCACUUUUAGCAGCUGAAAACCAGGCUAGAGGCAAUACAGAGGCAUCUGGGAAAUUGUUGGAUAAUCUUCGAAGUGAGAAAGAUGCAAUGGCUGCACAGCUGGAAGCAGAGAAGACAAAAACUGCAACUUUGGAAAGAGAAGUUCACGAUUUAAGAGGUCAAGUUUUAGAGUCUACGACUGCCACAGAGGAACUUCAAAAUCAAAAUGCUGUCUUGGCUCAACAGGCAGGAGAACAAAGGGCUCAGAUAGAGGAAUGUCAGAGAAGGUGGGACAGUGUAGGUCAACAAAAUAAGACAUUAUUGGAAGAAAAGCAGCUAGCUGUUCAAGAGCUUGAUAGGAUGACCAAGUUAGCUGAGAACAGGAAAUCGACUCUUGACAAACUAUCAAUUCAAAUGCAACUCGAGGCUGAUCAAGCACGGCAAAACGUUGCAGAUUUUCAAAAUGAGCGGGAUGACUUGAAAAAUGAAGUUUAUGCAGAGCGUGAAAAGCAUCAGGAAUUGCAGGCUAAAAUCAAGCAGUUCAGCACAGUAGAGAGAGAGUUGGAACAGAUGAGGAACAAAGUAGCAAUCACCGAAACAGAAAAGGAAGAACUGCAGGAGCAAAUUCAACAGGCAGUGGCAAGAGCUGAGCAAGCAGUAGAAGAGGCUCAAAAAGAAGUUGAGACGUUGCAGGCAGAAGUUGAAGCAGCUUUUCAUACUAAAAGUGAUUUGGAAAGUCGUCUAGCAGCACAAGAGCAGGCUAUUGAAGACAAAGAAGCUGAAAUGAAAUUGAAUGAAAAGAAGGGAGCAGCUUUGAUGAAAGAUUUGAAACGCCAACUGUUACUAGAAAAGCGACGCAGUGAGAGACUACAAGAACAGCUGACAGAAAAUAAGGGAACACGAUCUGCGACUUAUGAUGAAGGAUUUUCUCUUCCAGUUCAAAGUGAAUCAGCCCGACCUUCCAGCAGGGAUAGUAGCUUAUCAUCUUUGACCGGUCUUCCAACACCUAGUCAGAAAGAGUCUGUCACUAGUCAAUCAUCUGGCACAGCAUUGUCUGACGACACCACGGCUCUGCUUGCUAAAGUGACAGAGUUGCAGGAGACAAAUUGGACUUUAGAAGAAAAGAUUCGCCAUCUGGAAACGAAUGCAUCGUGCCUUGCAGAGGAUGUGAUUCAGAAGGCAGCCAUCAUCCAGCAGCAUUACAUGGCAGUGAAGGACAAAGUUGGUGACGUCAUGCCUUCACCCAAGCAAUCUCGAUCAGGUGCUAAACGAAUGCUAGAUGGCUUCGCAUCACCGUUUCGUGGUGCUAAAGAAGACGGAAAUCAGAAGGAAGUGAUUGCAAAGAUGCAACGUGUACUGGAAGAGACACUAAUGAAGAACAUACACUUGCAAAAGAACUUGGAUGAUUUGGUGGGAGAACUAAGUCAAACUCAGGAGGAGAAUACUCGGUUGAAAGAACGGCUCGGCAUUGAGACAAAUGAGACUUGAUGUCCAAGUUGUUUUAUGACUGUACGAACCUUCAAUGUAAUGCAUACUUUGAGUCACUUUCACUCACUACCAGUUUUCUGUAGUGCUUAUGAAAGCUUUCAUCUUGAUAAUUCAGCUCUGUGUAAGAUUGUUUGAUCAUUGACUGUUUAAUAGCCAUCUAAAUAAGUUUUGACAUUUUUUGCUACUGAUAUGUUGUUAGUCACCAGAUGCUUAUGGACUGUAACUGUGAUGUAUGUAGUAAUGGAAAAGUAGCUUCUACUCAU